AUGAGCGCCAGAACGAGAAGACAAAAAGCCGCCCUGGCUGCUCAAUCAGAGGAUAGCGACGUGACAACUACAAGCAACGGCACGACGCGGAAACCCCCCCAAAAAAACAGCUCCCCUUCUCCUGACGCGGAAGCUAGGGAGAAUGUGUUUCUUUUUAUUCCGAACCUCAUCGCGCGCUACUACAAUCAGUCCACCACUUUUGGUGCGGUGCUCGACAUGGUGACGGACCGAUGCACAACCGCCUGUCUACUGGUAUUCCUCAGCUCCGCGUGGCCGCGGUGGGCCAUCCUUUUCCAGAGCCUGAUUUCUUUGGACCUCGCCAGUCACUAUAUGCACAUGUACGCCACGCUUAGCAUGGGAGGAGCGAGCCAAAGCCACAAGAACGUCGAGGCCACCAGAAGCUGGAUUCUGUACCAAUACUAUCACAGCAAGACUGUCCUUUUCAUUUGCUGUGCCCUCAAUGAACUUUUCUUCAUUGGUUUAUACCUGCUUUCCUUUUCCUCUCCUAUUCUCUCCCCCUCUCUUCUUCAAGCUCAAGAUCCCAGUGCGCCUCCAGCUCUCGCUAGUCCCUGGAGCGCCGGAGCUCUGGAGCUUGCCCGGGCAAACAAGAUUGACAGCUUCUGGCCUUGGGUUAUCACCGGAAUCUCCGCCCCAGUCAUGGCUUUGAAGCAAUUCAUCAACGUCGUUCAGCUGGUGAAGGCUAGCAAAUGGCUUGCUGAAGGUGAUCGUGCCAGACGCAAGGCUGAACGGGAGGGGAAGACACUGUAG